UAUUAUCUUUUAACAAGGAACUCUUAAAAUAAAGAAACCAUUCUUAUCUCGGUUAUUUAUUAUAACAAUGUAUUAUGUGAUUAGCUCAUAGUGUAUUCGGUAUUUCAUUCAUUAUUAUUCGUAUAAAAUGUUUGCCAGUUAAACAUGUCAAACUCCAGUAGUGACACGGAUGAAUUUUUCGACGCUGAAGAUUAUACAGUUCGAAAUGAUCAAAAUGAUGUACCCAAGCAAACUAGCAAAAGUGAAAAAGAAAUUUUAGAUGAGAAAAAGAAGAAUUUGUCUUUCAAAAUAAGUAAUCCUGCCAAACUGAAUUCAGAGCACAAUGGUCGCCGUAAAUUUAACGAGAUCCGGCAACAUAUGCAAAUCGAUGAAGAUGAAUCGCAAGCUGUAUCUCCUACUGAAAGUCAGGCUUCGUCGGCCGAUGGUGUCUUUUUAGCACCUUCACACAAACCAAGCCAUCCAUUCCGGGUAAUUGAGCCUGAUGGAGCAUCUGUUCAAAGCAUUUUAUCGUUAGGAAAAGUUGGUCGACUGUUAGGAAGUGUACCUUCUGAUCAUUACAUAGGGAAGGAUAAUACUUUACGUCCGUCAGAUUGUACAAAAUUAUUAUCUGAACCUUCUACUCCUAUCUCGUCUGAAGAUAAAUUCAUUGUACCCACUGACAAUUUUAGCACUUUUCAUGAACCUGAUGUGAUAGCAAGCACAAAGACUUCGACUAAUGGCACAUGCAAUAUAGAGAAUGAUAGACCCGUUGCUCCACCAAGACGUAGAAGACGCAAAAAAUCAGAAACAGUCAUAACUGAAAGUAUUGGUGCUACGACAACUAUAGAUAAUCCUAAUCAACAAACUAAUGCUGCUCAAAGUGAGGAAUCUAAUACAAGUUGCUUAACGAGUCCGGCGAGUACAAUCGAAUCAUUGACGAGGGAAUUGGAACAUUCUCUAGAUCUUCAUUCUGCUACCAAAGGGCAAUAUGUCGUUAAUCAUCAAGAUGAAGAGAAGCCAGGUUUAAGUGUGAUAAAAGAAAUAACUGACGAAGUAAAAGAAAAGUCAAAAACACUUACCUCCCACAGCAAUACGUAUCCAAUGGCCGGUACUAGUGGUAUAACUUCUAUUCGUUCCCAUAACCGUGUGACUUCAAGAGAAAGACGUAGAUCAGCUGGCGAUGAGCAAGAACUUCGAGAUCAACAAUUAAAUAUGUUUUUAAAAACCCAUACUGAUUCAGGGAAAAAACUGACUGACAUAGAAAUUUUGGAACAAAUAACCGUAUUGAAUUUGGAUACUGGGGAACGUGUUCCAUUGAGUAUAGCCGAGGAUAAGUUACCACAAUGUAUUAACCCAUUAUCAUUGCAUAUAAUGCGUUUGACAUCGGAAUAUGUCAGUACUCCAAAUUUGGAUUCCCAUUCAUAUAGAAGUAGUUUUAUUAAAAAACCAAAAGAAUCCGACGAAGAAAGCAUUGGUAGUAAAUCCAACGAAACGGUAGCUACUGGACGAGACGACCCUGUGGACGAGUCAGCUAUACGUCGUCGAACUGCUAGAAUCAAACGAUUUUUGGGUACGACGGUAAAGAAAACUGUAAACAAAGCCAAGACCAUUGCUCAUGAAGUGUCCCAUGUACGGCACAAAGAAGACGUUAUGGAAAUAGUCGAUUUGGUAGAAAGGCCACAACCAGCAGCCGAUGCUGCCAACCCACCUCAAGUCAAUGAAGCUUUCAAGUUACGAUCUUCUAAUAGUCAUAAAGGUCCUUACGAAUUUGAUUCAGUUCAGCAUGUUCAGGAAUUUUGUAAUGAGCACGUAGGGCCUGUUUGGUGCAUGAAAUUUUCAAUGUGUGGUCGACUUCUUGCAACAGCUGGGCAAGAUAGAGUUCUCAGAAUAUGGGUUUUACGUGAUGCCUAUAAAGAUUUCCACGAAAUGCGAAAAAAAUAUGAUGCUGAAAAAGUUUCACCAACACCGUCGACAGAAUCUUUAGUCUCACAGCUAUCUGUCGAUGAUCAAUCAUUUGCUGCAGAUCCUGAUGAUCGUGGGCCGUUCAUAUCACGUCCGUUUUGUACGUACACGGGUCAUCGGUCCGAUUUGUUGGACAUAGCAUGGUCGAAAAAUUACUUUGUCCUGUCUUCGUCAAUGGAUAAAACUGUUAGACUGUGGCAUAUUAGUAGAAGGGAAUGUUUAUGUUGCUUUCAACACAUCGACUUUGUCACUGCAAUAUGUUUCCAUCCACGAGACGAUCGAUAUUUUUUGAGUGGAUCAUUAGACGGCAAACUACGUCUUUGGAAUAUCCCCGACAAAAAAGUAGCGGUGUGGAACGAAGUAGAAGGGCAGACAAAACUGAUAACUGCUGCUAAUUUCUGUCAAAACGGCAAAUUUGCCGUAGUGGGCUCUUAUGACGGCCGAUGCAUAUUUUACACAACCGAUCAGUUGCGCUAUCACACUCAGAUACAUGUCCGUUCAACACGUGGCAGAAACUCGACUGGACGAAAAAUAAGUGGUAUUGAACCAAUGCCUGGCGAGGAUAAAAUAUUGGUAACAUCAAAUGACAGUCGCAUCAGGUUGUACGAUCUUAGAGAUCUAAAUCUGUCAUGCAAAUAUAAAGGUUAUGUAAAUAUAAGUAGUCAAAUCAAGGCUAGCUUCAGUCACGACGGCAAGUAUAUUGUAUGCGGUUCAGAAAAUCAGUGUAUAUAUGUAUGGAAAACGCAUCAUGAUUACUCCAAGUUCACGUCCGUACGGAGAGACCGAAAUGAUUAUUGGGAAGGAAUCAAAGCACACAACGCCGUUGUUACCUGUGCAAUUUUCGCACCCAAUCCAGAAGUGGUAUUUAGACAAAUGAAAACUGAUGAAAACAACCAAAGUCAAGAUGGAUAUGUCUUAGUAAGUGCCGAUUUCAACGGAUGUAUACGCGUGUUUGUCAACCGAAUGAAGCCUAAACAUAGUUCGUUGCCGGCCAGCGCUAUGGCAUAAGUUUUAUUUUACUAUAUGAGACCAUGUUAUUCACAAUAUUUCAAUAUAUAUAUUUUAUAUGGUGUAUCCUUUUCUUUAGAUAUAAAUUAUAGCGAAAUUUAGAUUAUUGAAAUCAUUUUAAGUAUAGUAUAAUUUAGUAUUAGCCAUGUUUUUAAUUAUAAUAAUUAUUAUUUAUUCCGUAAAAGGCGAGAUUAUAUAACUAAUAUUAAUUUGUUACCAUUAUUUUAUGUCGGAAAUGUAUUUUAAAUCAGUU